GGGGGUCGGCGGGCUUCCGGGCGGCGGCGGCGGCGGGCGCGGCGCGAUGUGCGAGCGGGCGGCGCGCCUGUGCAGGGCCGGCGCGCACAGGCUGCUCCGGGAGCCGCCGCCGCAGGGCCGGGCGCUGGGCGGGCUGCUGCGCUGGGUGGGCGCCAGGAUGGGGGAACCCCGGGUGCCGCUGGUCCCCGACGCCCCCGACGCCCCUGACGCCCUUGCCGUGGACCCUGCCGUGGACCCCGGCCCCUGCCCGGGCCCCGCCUCGCCGCGCGGGGGCACCGCUGUCAUCCUGGACAUUUUCCGCCGCGCGGACAAAAAUGACGAUGGGAAGCUGUCCUUGGAGGAGUUCCAGCUCUUCUUUGCAGAUGGCGUCCUCAACGAGACGGAGCUGGAGGGUCUCUUCCACACCAUCGACUCCGACAACACCAACCACGUGGACACCAAGGAGCUGUGUGAUUACUUUGUGGACCACAUGGGGGACUAUGAGGACGUCUUGGCCUCCCUGGAGACCUUGAACCAUUCUGUCCUGAAGGCCAUGGGCUACACCAAGAAGGUGUACGAGGGAGGAAGCAAUGUGGACCAGUUUGUGACCCGCUUCCUCCUGAAGGAGACGGCCAGUCAGAUCCAGUCGCUGCUGAGCUCCGUGGAGAGUGCGGUGGAGGCCAUUGAAGAACAGACCAGCCAGAUCCGCCAGAACCACGGCAAGCCCGGCCCCGGCGUGGUGCAGACCUGGUAUGGAAGCCCCAGUGCCCCCUGCGGCCCCAGCCACAAGCUCAUGGCCACAGAACGAGAGAGGAGCGUGCCUUCUGUCACCUCGGACCCCAAGGACGAGGGCCUGGAAGCCCAGAUCAGCCGUUUGGCAGAGCUAAUAGGACGGCUGGAGAGCAAGACCCUCUGGUUUGACCUGCAGCAGCGCCUCUCAGAUGAAGACGGCACUAACAUGCAUCUGCAGCUGGUCCGGCAGGAGAUGGCCGUGUGUCCUGAGCAGCUCAGCGAGUUCCUGGACUCGCUGCGACAGUACCUGCGGGGCACCGCUGGGGCCAGGAGCUGCUUCCACCUGCUGUGUUUUCCUGCCCAUCCAGAGACACCCCACCCCACCCCCAAAACCCAAUCAAUGCCUCAUUCUGCUGCAGCUACAGACUUAGAUGCACCAAGCUGCUCUGAUGACCUUCAUCUGUCGCAAAGGCAGGCCCCAUCGCCGCUGGGAGGCUGUCGGACGGCUUCACCUUCGUGGUCUAUGAGUUCUGGGAGACAGAGGAGGAGUGGAAGAGGCACCUGCAGAGCUCCGUGUGCAAGGCGUUCCGGCACAUCAAGGUGGACACGCUGAGCCAGCCGGAGGCCCUCUCCAGGAUCUCGGUGCCAGCUGCCAGGAAUUGUAGUCCACAAAUGGGUGUGCAACAUCAGUGCCAGGUGUGCAGAGGGUCCGAGAGGUGAGGAGGGCAGGGCAGAGACACAAGUUGGCCCUACAACCUUGGAACAACGGGAGAGGCCACAGGACAGGGCCUCAGCCAAGACCGGAGGCCGAGGUCACUGGGGAGGUGGGCCCAGAGCCCCGGCAUGAGCCCCCCCAGGCCAGGGCAGGCCCCACCCACCUUCACAGCCCCACUGACAUCCCCUCCACAGGCCUGUGAUUCACAGCCUAGCCCGUCCAGCACCCAGAGUGGGCCCGGGGGAAGGAGGGAUAUGUUUGCAGGUGCUGCUCUCCUGCCCUUCACUACAGUCCCCAUGGGACACGGGGAAGGGGCUACAGGUUCCCAACAACCUUCCCUGCUUAACGUGUCUCUCCUG